AUGAUUGUGUCAGCUCUUUUAACAUCUGUUGGGAUCAAUACGGCUUUAUUGUUGGUUGAGGGGAUUUCUAAAAGGAGAAGUCAUUUCAAUUUGGAAAGGCUUAUACCUUCUCCAGGUUGGGUUGCUAAAGCCUGGAAACUCUCUGAGGAGGAGCUGUAUUCGUUAGCAGGAUUAGAUGGUUUAGUUUUUAUGCGUAUCAUAACAUUCAGUGUGAAAAUAUUUACUUUUGCUGGGGUUAUUGGGAUCUUUGUGCUUCUUCCAGUCAACUGCUGGGGAAAUCAGCUACAAGAUUUUGAUGGUUCUAACUUUACCAAUAGCUCCUUGGAUGUGUUCACUAUAUCAAAUGUAAACAGUGGAUCUAACUGGCUAUGGGUACACUUCUGUGCUGUAUAUGUUGUAACUGGAUUCAUAUGUUUUCUACUUUUUUAUGAAUAUAAACACAUCUCUUCUAGAAGAAUUUCUUACUUUUAUUCAUCCAAACCACAGCCUCAUCAGUUCACCGUUUUAGUUAACAGCAUUCCCGCUUCUUCUAGCAGUAUCAGUGACAGCGUUGACAGCUUCUUUAAAGAACUUUACCCUUCUACUUAUCUUUCACACGUGGUUGUUCGUCGUACAAACAAAAUCCAAAGUCUCCUGAAUGAUGCAAACAAUAUGUAUAAAAGGGUUGCACAAUUACGACCAGAUCCCACUAAGAGAAAGAUUAGGCAUGGAGCCCUUUCUCGACUUUUUGGCAAAAGAAGUAAUCACAUAGAGCGUUACGAGAAGAAGUUAGAGGAAAUCGAGGAGAAUUUAAGAUUGAAGCAGUCAGAGGCUGCACUGGCAGGAGAAGCUCGAGCUGCGUUUGUAUUCUUCAGGACUCGUUUUGCUGCUGAAGCUGCUUUCCAUCUGCAGCAAUCAGUCAAUCCAACACAGUGGAUUACUGAGUUGGCACCAGAACCUCGUGAUGUUUACUGGCCUUUCUUCUCUGAAUCGUUCAUACGAAGAUGGAUUUCUAAGUUGGUGGUUGUACUUGUAUCUAUUGUUUUCACAAUCUUGUUCCUUGUACCUGUAGUAUUCGUACAAGGGCUUACCAACUUGAGUCAAUUGAAAGCUUUGUUUCCCUUCUUGACAAGUCUUCUAACCAUAAAAUUUGUCAGUCAGAUAAUUACUGGAUAUCUUCCCAGUCUAAUUCUUCAGUUGUUUCUGCUACUGGUGCCGCCUGCCAUGGAGUUCCUUUCCACUAUUCAAGGAUACAUCUCACGUAGUGAUAUAGAGAGGAGUGCAACUACUAAAGUGUUGUGGUUCACAAUAUGGAAUGUUUUUUUCGCGACCGCAUUUUCUGGGUCAAUUCUAUCUAUGAUGUCUACCAUCCUUGAUCCUAAGGUCAUUCCUGCGACGUUAGCAGUUGUGGUUCCAGCACAGGCAUCAUUCUUUAUUACUUAUGUUGUCACCUCAGGAUGGACAAGUGUGUCAUCAGAACUCUUCCGUAUAAUUCCUUAUAUUCUUAAUUUGAUAACAAGGAUAUUCACAACUCCAGAUGAUGAAUUUGAACUUCCAUAUAUGCCAUACCACAAGGAUAUUCCAAGGGUCCUUUUCUUUGGACUUCUUGGUAUUACAUAUUUUUUCCAAGCUCCACUAAUUUUACCGUUCGUCUUGGCCUACUUUUGUCUUGCAUACAUCAUUUACAGAAACCAAUUAAUGAAUGUAUAUGCACCAAGAUAUGAAACUGCAGGAAAAUUUUGGCCUACUGUACACAACUCAAUGAUAUUCUCUCUAGUACUCAUGCACAUCAUUGCAGUUGGAAUCUUUGCAUUGAAAAAACUCUCUAUAGCAUCUACCAUGACACUUCCUCUACCGGUCCUCACUCUCUUAUUUAACGAGUACUGCCGAAAACGAUUCCUACCAAUAUUUGUUGGAUACUCCGCAGAGAGUUUGAUAAAGAAGGACAGAGAAGACUUGAAUGAUCCUAUAAUGGCUGAGUUUUACAACAAUUUGAUAGAUGCUUAUAAAGAUCCUGCUCUGGUUCCAGUUCAAUAUUCAUCAAACACUGAUAGUCUUAGCAAUCCCCUUAUAUCUUCAGCUUAA